AUCCAAUGUUGCAUUCUCUGACGAGUGUUUCCGUUUGUAAAAUUUCCAUACAUCCGAGUUAGACAGCAAACGGCGCCAGUCAAACUUUGGCUUCUCGUGGUUAGUCGCAUUAUCGUGUGACUGAUCAAAGCAUGAGUCGGUUGAAGGAUGUCCGUCAAACCACAGGUUGAUUAUUCCGGUAAAAUGUAACCACUGCUUCGGUUUGAUUAACACUUGUGAGUUAAAACAAAAAGAGCACAAUGCGGUUAAUGUUACGUACUAAGCGGUCCGACGACUCUCCUGUCACUCGCUCCUGUUUCCCAGGAGCGCGAUGGCGUCAGAUUCGCCGAUUGACGGGGCUGAUGUUUGACGUUUGGUAUUUUUAUAUACUAUAAAACGUGAAUAGAGUGGCUGUUUUUCACAUAGUUUUUGGAAUGUUGGUAGUUAAGUUAUAAAUAGCAUUUGAUAAAUGUCAUCGCGCCUCGAAGCCAGGGGUCCCCAACUAUUUUUCUCCAGGGGGGACUGGUGAUCGGUGGUGAUCGCCGCUCUGAACUGUGUCUUGGGUAGUUAUGCAUCCUACCAUUUUCCAUACCGGCUUGUCCUGUGCAAGGACACACACAAACACGGACACACACACACAUUAAGUGCAGGUAUGCCUCGAUUAAUUUACUAGGGUAUGUUACUUUGAGGAGGGGGCGUAGCAAGAAAUUUUGCCCCCCCCCCUCAGUAUAUUUUGCGACGGAUGGGUGGUGGGGCUUUCCUUCCAGGACCAUCGCCCCGCCCCCCGUCUACGGCCCCAAGUUAAGGAGUUACCUUGAUAUUAUACUUGGUAACAAAAACAUCACGUUUUGUUCAGUUUGGAUGAUUGUGUGUUUCUGUUUCCGUUUUGACCAUGUACUGACAUGUUUUGCAUAUUUUUCAUUAUGAAUCAUAAAUUGUAGAAGUCAGUAUUGCUACAAUAAGUUUGAUCACUUAACGUCCCAUUGUCUAUUUUUUCAUAACUUCGUCCGGUUCGGAUUAUGAAAUAGGUUUGGUUUCCUACUAUGCAAUACAGUAUUCUGCAAUUUCCUUCAGGAUUAUCUAUCUAUCUGUCUGUCUGUCUAUCUAUCUGUCGGUCUGUCGAAUGGAGUUAAUGAAUUAAUAUUAAUUAAAAUUGAAAGUUACACAUUAUAUGGUCCUAACAAACUUGCACUGUUUUCACAAUCUUUCCCCCAUCCUGCUAAAAUAUCAUGAUAUCUCAAAUUAUAGUGAAGGUUCAAUUAAUGGCUAAAUAAAGUGUUACGGCGACCCUGUGUUCUUACACCCUUAUGGGCUAUAGACAUUCGGCAGUAACUGUGCAAAUAUAGCAUUUAUUUUCCUUUCAAAUAAGUAUACGUUUUUAUAUCGAAAAUCAGCCGUCUUUUCUUGUGUUAAGGGCAAGGGCAUCUCAGACCCACUUAAAUUAAAUUAGAUGCUUCAUCUCUAGAUUGCAAGUCUUUUUCGUGACUUGCAUUUGGGCGUUUGUGAGGGUUUUCUUCAGUUAGGCUGACAAAGCAGAUAGGCUGUGAUGGAGUUUACUGCUGCUUGGAGAUUAGGAGGCGCUGAAGGCAGGGAGAGUUUAAAAACUGUACAUGCUGCCUUUGUGAGUCUCUGGUGUUCUUUGUUUGUUUCUGUGCUCCUCUUUUUCUGCACAUUACUGGACUAACAGACAGAUUAAUGCUGUUAACUUUGUUUUCACCGUAACAGUAAGAAUAAAAGCUUUCGUCCGUUUGAUUAUUGGCCCGUUUGUCCUUCUGUCUUCAUGAACACAGACCAGGAGCCAGAUCUCCUAGAAGAGGAGACGCAAGAAAAUAGAGCCGUUCAAAACUCCGUGUACAGCUCCAUUGGACCACCGACGGACGAUGAUGCCUUCACCACGUACUUUGAGGAGAAGAUCCCUGUUCCUGAAGAUGGUGGUCAGAUGGGCUUCAGCUUUCGGAAGCUGUGGGCUUUCACUGGACCUGGCUUCCUGAUGAGCAUCGCGUACCUGGACCCAGGAAACAUCGAGUCUGACUUGCAGUCUGGUGCCAAAGCUGGAUUUAAGCUGCUUUGGAUUCUGCUGGGCGCCACCAUCAUCGGCCUCCUGCUGCAGCGACUCGCGGCGCGGCUGGGCGUUGUCACCGGCAUGCACCUGGCAGAGGUCUGCAACCGGCAGUAUCCCACUGUUCCUCGUAUAAUCCUGUGGCUCAUGGUUGAGCUGGCUAUCAUCGGUUCGGACAUGCAGGAGGUCAUCGGCUGUGCCAUUGCAUUCAACCUCCUCUCCGCGGGCAGGAUCCCGCUGUGGGCCGGCGUCCUCAUCACCAUCUUCGACACGUUCGUUUUCCUCUUUCUGGACAAGUACGGUCUGAGGAAACUCGAGGCCUUUUUCGGAUUUCUCAUCACGAUUAUGGGCAUCACGUUUGGAUACGAGUACGUGGUUGUAGGACCGAACCAAGGAGAACUACUGAAAGGGAUGUUUGUGCCCUACUGCAAGGAUUGUGGUCCCGUCCAGCUAGAGCAGGCUGUGGGCAUCGUGGGAGCCGUCAUAAUGCCACACAACAUCUAUUUGCAUUCUGCCCUCGUUAAGUCUCGCCAGGUUGACAGAGCCAACAAGAAGGAAGUGAAGGAAGCCAACAAAUACUUCUUCGUAGAGUCCGCAGUAGCGCUCUUCGUGUCCUUCCUCAUCAAUGUCUUUGUGGUGGCGGUUUUUGCCGAAGCCUUCUAUGAUCGCACCAACCUGUACGUGCAUGAGAAAUGUAACCAGACAGGAAGCCCCCACGCUGCCCUUUUCCCCCAAAAUAACGGCACGCUAGAAGUGGACAUCUACAAAGGGGGCGUGGUUCUGGGCUGCUUCUUUGGUCCUGCAGCGCUGUACAUCUGGGCGCUGGGCAUCCUGGCGGCAGGGCAGAGCUCCACGAUGACCGGGACCUAUUCCGGGCAGUUCGUCAUGGAGGGGUUCCUGAACCUACGCUGGUCCCGUUUUGCGCGGGUGCUGCUGACGCGCUCCAUCGCCAUCACACCCACCCUGCUGGUGGCCAUCUUCCAGGACGUGCAUCGCCUCACAGGCAUGAACGACUUCCUCAACGUGCUGCAGAGCAUGCAGCUCCCGUUUGCUUUGAUCCCAAUACUGACGUUCACCAGCCUGUCAUCUCUAAUGAAUGAGUUUGCUAAUGGAAUAGCCUGGAAGGUUGCUGGAGGCACGGUCAUUCUCCUGGUAUGUGCCAUCAACAUGUACUUCGUAGUGGUGUAUGUCACCACCCUAAAUAGUGUUCUACUCUACGUGUUGGCCUCCAUCCUCUCUGUCGCCUACCUCUGCUUCGUGGUUUACUUGGCUUGGCAGUGUUUGGUCGCCUUGGGACUGUCCUGUCUGGACUUUGGCAGCAGGGUGCAAAUGGGGAUCACAGGCCACAGGAACGUUUACUUACUGAAUGACAUGGAGGUGCCAGAGGGUGCUGUGGUCUCGUGUGCGAGGACGGAGACUGAGAGUGGAGACGACAAGCACGGGCAGAAGGAGUGACCCCCCCUGGAUAACGGCUGGAGCGGAAAUGACUCCUGUUGAGGCAGUGCUAUUUCGCUGUGCCUUAUGUGUAACGUGAGUAACGUUGCACAAAAGUGUCUUUUCUCUCGGCGUCGGCUUUGGUUAUAGUGGGUGUGAAGGGAACAUUUAAGUUUAGCAGUGAAACAAAGUUUAAACCUGUACUAAGCUGCAAGAUCGUGCUGUACUCUGACGACCUGUGUUUUCUUGACUAUUUCCUGUAUAUUUCAGGGUUUUUGAAAACCUUGACAUACCGGGAAAUUAAAUUUUAAAUCCUGAAAA